AAAAUGGAAUUCCUGGCAAUCCCGUUUUAAUUCUUUUCAAUCUUUUUUCAUGGUGCUCUUUGUGGUGGCUCCAUCUUGUCUGCGUAAAACGAGUCGUGGGAGAGUUCCUUAUCCAUUUCGGUGGGAAGAUUCGAAAACAAGAUAAUGUAGGAAAAUUCAGCGAAUAAUUCGAACGUCAGUUCGAUUUGAGGAGUGUGUAACACAUUACAUCUAUUCGCGCGAUUAUCCCAUCGUCGGAAUUAGAUGUUUACUUCAGGUUUAUCGAUAAGUGAGAAGCGUGGAAUACUUUGAUCUUUCUAUCAGGCUAGCUCAUCGUAAAGGUGCAGUUAAAAUAAGAGUAAUGUUGGGUGCUAAUAAUGAGGAAAACUAUUCUCUGGAAGUAGAAGAGACAGAAGAAUAUGCCAUGACUUGUCUGGGAGCGUUAGUAUUUGCGGAUAAACAUUUUCGACAAUCAUCGACCCCGGAUGAUUUAUCUAAGAACCAAGUUGAUUCUUUGUCACUUGCGUACGAAGAUCUUUUCACCAUGCCAUAUAACAUCAUACAAGAUUACAGUCUUACUAUACAACAUUUAGAUAUCAGUAACAACAUGUUUAGUAGAAACUUGCAGUUUUUAUCAGAGUUCGACAAUUUAAGGUCUGUCAAUUUGGAUCACAAUAAAAUAGAUGAUAUCACUGUAUUUCCAAAUAUACCAAACCUCGAGCUUCUUUGGUUGAAUCAUAACUGUAUAAAAAAUCUAUAUCCCUUUAUCAAGAAUCUCCAUAGAAGCGUACCGAACCUUAAAUACUUGUCUCUUAUGGGAAACGAAGCGGCACCUAGUUACCUUAACGGUGGAGAUUUCUGUGAUUAUAUUCGAUAUAGGUUGUACGUGCUAUCUUGGUUCCCGCACUUGGUACACUUGGAUGACAGAACUGUGACCGAGCAACAACUACUACAAGCUAAGAAACUAUUUAGACGAUCAUUGCUCGAAGACUUUGUUGUAGUACCGGAAUGCAUUAAGGAUCUGCAUAAUAAAAUGGCUGUAUGUUCUAAGCCAUCAGCAUCUGACAAACAAAGAGUACUGAAUGGGACAAAUUUGAUUGUCUGAAUAGUAUUAAAGCACGGCUCGGAAGAAGUCCUGACAAUGCUUUUUCAGCGACGAGAUGAGAUUAUAAUAUUAUGUAUUCCAGUAGAAACAUGUGCCAAUUACAAAAGCAAUACACAAAGGCA